AUUUUUGAAUAUUAUUUAAAAACGGAAAGAAAAAUGACUGGACAAGCCCUGAUGGACGAAGUCGACUUAUAUGAGGAGUAUAUUCGACAAAAAAUAUGCGACCUUCUCCAGGCACCAAGACAACCAAACAAAACUAAAAGUGAAGCUAGCCAAAAGAAUGAUACUAAAGACAAAAAUGAAGUACCUGCUGCUGCUUCGGGGGACAUGAAUCCUGAACUAAAUAUAACAAAUCCAAUAAACAAUACCCAUGAUGAUAAAUCAACCAGCUCGGAAAAAUCGUCGGUAGGAGACUCGAGCUCUUCAGAGGGUUCCUCAGGACCAUCUGAUGAGGAAUCAAAAUCUGCUAGCGACGAUUCCAUGGAAUAA